AUGCACUCUCUCCAGCUCCUGUUCAGGGCCAGUGCCGGCACCCUGCUCCUAGUUCUCUGCCUGCAGCUGGGGACCAGCAAAGCUCAGGAAGACACAACCAGGAGGGCAGUAAUAAUGAAUGUACAGGUGCCCAAGAAAGCAGAGGCAAAUCAGGAAAUCACCUUGAAACUUAACCUUCAAACAGAAUUGAAAGAAUGUUUGGUGUGUAAAAUUUAUCUCAGAAGCAACAUCACCAUGGAUGGUCCAUUUAACUAUGUAUACACUUCCUGCCUGUGUGAAGAUUAUCCGAGAAACAUUUACUGGGACUUUCGGCCUAACAGAACUAUGGCAAUUGCAGCAGUAGUUGAUAUCACUCGGGAAGAAAAUAUCUGCCCUAAUGAUGAGGCCGUGAUCCCCAUCAAAGCAAACCGGUAUUAUUACCGUACUUCUGUAGUUGUACAAUAA